UUAACUUCAACUGGUGGACUACAUGAAUUCAGUACAAGAUCACCAUCAAAUAAUCAAUUGUCGAAAGAAUUAGCCAUAUUACGUAAAACAAAUCAAGAAUUAAAUAUGAAAUUUAAUCAGCUACAAAUGGAAUUAGAUGAACGUUCACGUGGGGCUGGUGCUGGUAGUACUACUUAUGAUAAAUUGAAAUCUUCAAUG